GCCUUUGAGCCAUGUCUCAUCUUCGACUGUAUUUUAAAUAGGAUGCAAUACGUCUUGUGUUGACAGGUGAAUCCAGGACCCUUCGUGCCACGCAUGCACCGCUGAAGCGCACGAACACAGUCGCACCGCCCUCCUGCACGCCCGCUCGUCCGCCCGCCUGCCUGCCUGCCUGCUGCCGGGAGGAGCAGAGGAGAGAGCAGAUCCGAGCGCAGCGUUAAGAGUCACGGCACCUUAGGGGAUGUGGCAGCAAUUUCGACAGCUAGAAAUGCCCCGUGAAAUUCGCAAAGUUUGCCUUCUGUGAAAGCCGAAAGCAAACAACAAAUCAGAGCGCGAACAGGGGGAAGAUCCCGCGGAGGCGCAUCGUUCGCCUCAGAAAUUUCUAACCGCCUGGGCUCUGCCGUCCGCGAUCGCGAAGCGCGUCGGAGCAGGUGUCCGCUUCCAUCCAGCCGUUAGAAGACGAGGAAGGCAGACAGAGGUCCAAGAUAAAGAGACCGAUUCCUUCAGAUAUCCCGCGCUGACAUCGAAGUGUCUGCUGAUGUGGAGACACGCACAACAUCAGCAGGGUCCCUCCGAGACAAUCUAAUCCCGCUCCUUCCUCCAGCUCUGUUUCUUCAGCCUGGAAGACCCCUGCCACUUUGAUCUGUGAGCACACCCACCAAUGAUGGCCCAUAGGAUGCACAGUGGAAAUACAGCUGAAGCAGACGUGUUCAUGUAUCCUGUUCAGGUCAGCCUCCAGACUUCCUCCCUCAAGCACAUCUGACUUUUACAAGAUCCCAGUGAGAGUGUGUCUAGCAUGAGGCUGGUGUGGAAAUCCCUGGACAAGAUGAGGUGUCUGAGGAAACGCUCCACCAUUCCCUUCCUUGGGUUCCUCAUCACCUUCCUCCUCUUCCUGAACCUCUACAUCGAAGACGGCUAUGUGCUGGAGGGGGAUAAAAGGCAGCUUAGGGAGACAUCAGUCCACCCUUCCAGCUCAGAACGAUAUGUUCACACCUUCAGAGACCUCAGCAAUUUCUCUGGAACCAUUAAUGUCACGUAUCGCUAUCUCGCCGGAACCCCACUGAACCGCAAGAAGUACCUCACCAUCGGACUUUCGUCAGUCAAAAGAAAAAGAGGAAACUACCUUCUGGAGACAAUCAAAUCCAUCUUUGAUCAGUCCAGCUAUGAAGAACUGAAAGAGAUAGUGGUUGUUGUCCACUUGGCAGACUUUGACCUGGCCUGGUGUGAGAACUUGGUUCAGGAAAUCACCAGGAAGUUUGCUCAUCACAUCAUAGCGGGCCGCCUCCUGGUCAUCCAGGCCCCAGAGGAGUACUACCCAUCUCUGGACGGGUUGAAAAGGAACUACAACGACCCAGAGGACCGGGUCCGUUUCCGCUCGAAGCAGAAUGUAGACUAUGCUUUCCUCCUAAACUUCUGCACGAACCUCUCUCACUUCUACAUGAUGUUAGAAGACGACGUGCGCUGCUCCAGGAACUUCCUGACGGCGCUGAAGAAGGUGAUCACCUCCAGAGAAGGCUCCUACUGGGUGAUGCUGGAGUUCUCCAAGCUGGGCUACAUCGGGAAGCUGUACCACUCCCGAGACCUGCCACGUCUGGCCCAUUUCCUGCUUAUGUUCUACCAGGAAAUGCCCUGUGACUGGCUCCUCAUCCACUUCAGGGGUCUGCUGGCCCAGAAGGACGUGAUCCGCUUCAAGCCCUCGCUGUUCCAGCACAUGGGCUACUACUCCUCUUAUAAAGGAGCUGAGAACAAGCUGAAGGACGACGACUUUGAGGAAGACUCCAUAGACAUUCCUGACAACCCCCCGGCCAGCCUUUACACAAACAUCAAUGUCUUUGAAAACUACGACGCCACCAAGGCUUACAGCACAGUGGAUGAAUACUUUUGGGGGAAGCCUCCUUCCACUGGAGAUUUCUUUGUCAUAGUCUUUAACAAAUCGACCAAAAUUAGUAAGAUUAAGAUUUCUACAGGGUCCGACGACCGGCAGAAUGACAUUCUUCACCAUGGAGCUCUGGAAGUAGGAGAGAAAUUAGUUGGGACUAAAAAAGGGAAACAGUGCUCCUCUUAUAUUACGUUAGGGGAAUUUAAAAAUGGCAACAUUGAGGUUCAAGAUGUAGACCACAAGAUUGCCUAUGACAUUGAGUGUGUACGAAUUGUGGUGACAGCCAGUCAGAGAGAGUGGCUCAUUAUUAGAAGUAUAAGUUUAUGGACUACACAACCCCCCAGCCAAUGAGGACUACACACAGAGACUCUUAGUAUGUCAUAGAGGCAAAGGUUUUUUAUUAUUAUUUAGUAACUUAUGUAUUUCCAGGUUUAUUUAUUCAUUUUGUAUGUAUUUAUUGAUACUCAUUUUGAUUGCCAAAUCAAUCUAUAGUUUUUAUACCUGCGUGUUGUAACUUAAGUGGAGCAUCUUAACAGUCUUUCUCAAGGACUGUUCAACUGACCUCAGAGUAUCAUUAGUGUUUAGUUCCACAGGAGUUUAUUAAUUUCAGGUUCGAUAUCUAUCCUUAACAUACAACUGGGCGAUAGUUUAGUAAUUAUUUUUUAACAACUUAAGUCAUAAUGAUGUCAUAUGAUCAUAAUUAGUUGUCAUCAUGCAAUUCUAUUGUCACGAAUCAGAACAAGGUUACAGUGGUCUAUUUUUGUUACUGUAACCAAACAGAACAAAACCAAGAAUUGAUCCUAUUUCCAAGUAAUAUCUGCGAUCCCUGCGUGCCAUAGUGCUCCAUCUUUGUCCCAGAAUUACAAAAUGCACAAUGAGCCACGUCACAGUCAAUCCCACACUUACUGCCCUGCUGACGCUAAUACUCAGUGAGAGCCACAACCAAGCGUACACCAAUCAGCCACAACAGUCAAACCACUGACAGCACAAGUGAAUAACUGUCAUUACCAUCAAACUUUUGUUCCUGGGAUUAAUAUGGAUUAAUCAAUCCAACAUAUACCACCUUAACAUUGUUGAGGACCGAACCCCAGAAGAAGCCUGAUCCACAGAGGCUCCGUGCUGUAAUCCACAGGAACUGAAGGAUCUGCUGCUCACGUCCUGUGCCAGAAAACAGAUCAGAUCUGUAUCGGUGGCACAAGGUGGAUCCACUCUGUAUGAGUCAGGUGGUUUUAAUGUUGUGGCUGAUUAAUGUGCACUAAACCCCAACUAUAGACAAUCCCAAACCAACACACUAUUUGCUUAAAAACCUAGCGUUCCUGGAAUCCUGGAAUAUGCGAGAUUUAGAAUUGCGUCUUCAGUGGCAAGUAGAGGGCUCUAGUUUUGAGUGCCACUGACAAUUUUAGAAAGUCAUAAAGUAUUGGGAGAUAUGCCUAAGCGGUGUUGUUUUUUUGUUUUUUUUUAAUGGAAUCUCUUGACAGUAACAAAUAUACAGAAUAUACAUCUGCCUUAUUCUUCACUCAUUCAUUUCACAUAUUUAAUAUGAUGCAAAUCAUUACAACAAAACAAAAAUCAUUAACCCCAGCACUGAACAUCGAGUUCACUGAUGCAUGACGGUGCAUUCAUCAUACACACACACACAGCCAUAUUGCAUAUCCAUUUGUCAGAAAAAGUUGAUUUAAUAUCAUGAUGUUCAUUUCGAUCACAUCGCCCAGCCCUACUGUGAUGACACCAGUCGUUAGUGGAUGAUGAAAUUAACUAUUAUUUAUAAAUGUUUCUGAAGGGUGUUUAGAAAGGUACUUCAAGUGAUUCAUGAACAUAAAUCUCAUUAAGGGAACAGAGUACUCAUUUACCAUUAUUUUAAUUGUUAGUUUUGUACACCUAAUCGUUGCUUUUCUAAACAUUAUGAAGCUCUUAUUAUUCAUAAAGGAGGGGAAAUACUUAUUAUGAAGUGCUCCUAAACAUUUUAGGUUUUCCUUGAGAAUACCAACUGAUUAAAAAUUCUGUGUUUCAGCACUUUUACAUAACUGACAUUGAACCUGCUGGCUUGUAGCCCUGGGAUUUCUCUCUGAGAAUGUCCACUCUUGACCUGUAAUUAUUUUCCUCUUUGAAAAGCAACAAGGAAGUGCCAGAGGUCAUUGUUGCCUUGAAUAUUCAUCAUGUCAAACCAAACAUUUUCUGUUUAAGUAUUCCUUGCUAAUCAUCUUCUUGGUUGAAGUGGAUGUGUGCCUGGGCUGAGCUCUCUUACUAGCACUGUAUGUUCUGUCCGGGCGGCUGACAGGAGAACAAUGUUUGUUUUCACCCAUCUUCUCCAAGAGCUGAGAUUAGAUUGCACAGUGAAGAAUGGGCCAGGUCUACUCUUACGUCUUUUUUCCCCAACACAAUUUCCCCCCUAGUAAAUUGGUCUGUGUUUGCCUCACUCUCUACACCAGCAAAACAACAUCUUCCCUGCAGCUAAAGGAUCUCAAUUCGUUCUUUCCCUGACGCUGCGCUCUCACGGCUCCAGCGUUUCUGCUCCUACAUGGCUUCCUCCUUGUGAUCUUUGCUCUCCGUUCAUGAGGCCACCCGCUGCUUUCCUCUGAAGGCGCUUUUCAAACUCCUCAAUUUGCUCUGCGCUGUAAGGCUAACAUUUGUAACAACUGACUCCGCACAUGACAUGUUAACUCAUCAUCACCAGAGCAGCCGAGGAGCGUGAUUUAAAAACAGCCCUGCCAUUCUUCAUGCCGGUGUAAUUAGAAUCCGUUAGCGAGUAGUGUUCAGCAGGAUGGUGCGAAGGAAUGACUCAACAAUGCAAUAAAGAGGUAAAUGUUUACAUAAUACUGGCGUUCUUUAGGAGCACACGGUGGAAGCAGAUUGUCAUUAAGCAUGCUGUGACAGUUUUGUAAAGCUCUGCUUCGCCAUUGUGAUAGCCACCUGUUCCGUGUUUUCCCUCAAGGUCUUGUUCAGUGUUACAGAUCGAGACCUUUUCGCAGAUUGGCUUGUACCGCCACCUCGAAAUCCUUCUUCAGCAAAUCCCCCAUGUGCUAUCUGAAAUGAAAUUAGAGUGCCCACCACCUCGCAAGAUGGCUUAUUGUUUUUCCUCAGCAUUUCCCUUGGAAUGCCACUAUUCAUUUUAGUGAAUGAUUCCAUGACCUGCAUGGAUCGGCUCCUCGGAGGGGGAUGUUUUUUGAAUGGAUGGCGCUCGGAAACACCAUCUACGUUGUGCGAUGUGUGGUGUUCGUUAUGACACACACCAUGGUGCCAGUUCCGCCCGGUAUUACCUGCUUAUGAGCUAUAACCACAUGAUGUCACCUUAGGGCAGUUAGCGUUUGUAUGAGUGUGGCGGAUAGAACAACCGCAUUAUGAGGCGGAUAUCUGCGGAGGAGGAAUUGCUGUCUGAUCUUCGUUUGAAAUAGGGUGCCAGCUAAAACUAGCUCCAGAUUUAUGGACACAUUUUGAGGAUAACAACAAAAGCUGUGUAAAUUCCUCAGCUGGAUGUUAGCAAACUGCUGUGCGCAGCAUGUCAUGAAAACUCAAUUCCUACACAAUCGUGGGUGAACAGCGAGCAGACACGAUGACGAUCCAUCUAACUAAGAGGAACUGUUCUAUCCUCCUGUUGGGUACCUGUAAUUGUCAAAACACUAACCGCAGGCAGACCUCUGUGAGAAAAAGGCCAAGGGGUUUGAAAAUCGCUUGCAGAACGUUAACUAUCUAAGUUUGUCUAAUUAUAUUAGCUGUGAAGGUCCAAUUCCCAAAGCUCAGAGCAAGUGAUGAAUGUAAAUGUGAUGCGUGGGUCCUCAGUUAUAUGAAAACGUGAGCCGUCUUCCAGUGGAGCAUGUACAAAGUGCAUGAACAAUAGCAUUUUCAGUGGAUAAAAACAACUCCUUUUGUACGUCAGGAUCUAUGAAUUACUCUUUAGCUUCUGCUAAUGGAAUUGUACCGAGUUUGUACGUAGAAGCCUACCGAAACUACCUUAAAGCAGGUUCGGAGUUCAUGUGCUGUAUAUUGUUUAGUGGAGCGAGUGUGUAAAGAUGUUGUUUCUGUGUUUUCUUUUACUUUCCAUCGUUCUCGGAUUGGUACUGUAUUGUAAGAUAACAUAUAUUUUUUUACACGUAUCAUUUCAAAUGUUGUACUGUACAUACUGUAUUUAAAAUGAAAUUAGAUUAAACGAAUGAAUGCCAA